GGUACGACGCAGCUAUGGAGAAAGAAGCACUACGGCAACAAGAAGAAGAAUGAUUGAAAAAGGAGAAGGAAGAAGAAGAACGGCGACAAAAGGAUCGGAAAGAAAGAGAACUCUUUCAAAAGGAGAUGAGCGAUGCAAUGAACGCGAGGUUAGACGCGGUUUGUGAGUCAUUCCGUAAUCAGAGGAAGAGUUCGGCAGCUGAUGACCAGAAGAUUGAGAAGCUCGAGAAGGAGAUCGAGAGUUUACGACUUUCCCACGACAGGGUAGUAAGGAACGAUGGGGCUUCUACUAGCCAGCCCAUCGUUCGUGACGAUGCGGUCCUGGCUCGACUAUUGCAAGGACACGAGGAGAUGAAGUUGAGGCCAGCGGCUGUCGCGAAUAAGCGGGUUGAACCUUUGGAGGAGGCAUUACGGAUUAUGAAGCAGCAGCACGAAAGUGCCUUGACGGACGCGGAGAAUUGGAAGAAGGAAGCACGGAGAUCGGGCAACAAGAGGAGCCGACUUGCUGCUUCACCUUCAUCGCAGCUGAAGAUGGCACCGUCAUCUACACCCCGCAACGCACAGGUAGAACGGCCGGCAGUUUAUCCUGCGCAGUUGGUACAUCUGCACACUCUUGAGAAGCUGAAGGAUCUUAAAGAAUUGAGGCUUCAGGAGUUGAACAGAAGGCGGGAGGCGAAGCAGGAAAUUGCGAAGCUGAAGGAAGAUUUGCCAAAGAAGGAAGUAGAGAGGAAUGCUCCUCGAUCCGCUUUCCAACAGAAGUUAGACGAAGUGGGCGGUUCGACAGCAAGGACGAGAUGAGGGAAGAAGAAGACGAUCGCAAGAGAUGGUGCCACUGAGGAGGACGAGCGUGAUGUCUUCAUUCGGGAAGCAAGGAAGGAACUACGUACCAAGAGGAAGGACGACCUUUUGGAGAUUUGCUCAAAAGAGGGAGUGAAGGAUACGACUAUACCGGAGAUGAUUACGCCGUCAUUACGGAGAUCAUUGCCAAACGGGUCGAGAAGACAUUUGGUAAGAAGGUUACCGUGCAGGAGAUCUCAGACGACGGGAACGACGAUGCUGGUAAGGAGGAACGGAGGGACGCCGCUGAUUCUUAGUGUCCCUCCCGAGGGCGACUCAACUUUGGUCCGUUGCAGAUGCUUGUUUAGAUUUUCGCUCUUCUUCCUCUCGUAAUCUCAUUUUCAUCCAUAACCAGCAGGAAAACAGCUACUAGUUUCAAAGUAAGAUCUGGCGCCCCAAAGAGGGGUGAAGAGGUAGCACCACCAGAGAUCCUUCUUCAUUAUGAAUGCUGGUCCUUAGUUUCCAACAGAUAUAUGAUACAAUGGCAUGGUCAGUCACAAAAUCAAUAUUCAGGGACGCU